AUGGAAAAGAAAGUUUACGAAGUUCCAUUGCCCUGCCUGGCGCACGAGAAAGGUUCACUUGGCAGGAGUGGCUUAGAAAUGAUGAUGAAUAAAAGAGAAAUAAAAAAAAAACAGUACAACAACACAUGGAAAAUUAAAUUUAUGGGCUUGAGGCUUGAUACACAACAAUUGAUGAUGGGUUUACUUACUCUUCAGCAACAUAGUAUUCAGUAUCAAAGAAGAUAA